UGAAAUCUUUUUAGGUUGACUCACGUUGCAUUGAAGUUUUUGUUUAACUGUCCUUUUCGUUAUAACUUAAAGAUUGUACUUAUUUGGUUUUGCAGUUUCUGAAAAUGCCUGCAAGUGAUUUAACAGCACUUUCAAUAAAUGAAUUGUUUACCUCUGAGAAACAUGGUAGCGAUGAUACUGGGGACGGCACUGAACACAAUCCUUUCAAAACCAUACUGCAAGCAAUGCGUCAUGCUGGUAAGGAACCCUUUCCUACCAUAUAUGUAGAUAGCAAAGAUCCGAAUGCAGCGCAACGUUUCGAGCCAGCAGCCAAGUCUCAAUUGAAAAAAGUACAGAAAAUAUUUGUACGUGAAGGUUACAAAAGUGCGGAUAAGGAAAAGCGUGAAACUGAAGAUGCUGAAAAACGGUUGCAGAAUCUUGAGGAAGCACGCAAAAUUAAAAUUGUAGAAGACGCCAGCUUGGCUAAGGCAACCAAAAUUCGUAUUUAUGAAGGCAAAGACAAUCGCAAUGUGCGCGUUAAAAUAAGUGGUUGGGUGCACAGACUACGCCGACAAGGAAAAGGAUUAAUUUUUAUAACAUUGCGCGACGGCACGGGUUUCCUGCAGUGCGUACUUACUGACCGCCUUUGCCAAACGUAUGACGCACUUACUUUAACUACGGAGAGUUCUGUUAUUCUCUAUGGUGUUUUAACAAAAGUACCAGAAGGAAAAUCUGCGCCAGGUGACCACGAGUUGAAUGUGGAUUAUUGGGAAUUAAUUGGUUUAGCACCUGCUGGUGGCGCUGAGAGUAUUCUAAAUGAAGAAGCUCACCCUGAUGUGCAACUUGACAAUCGGCACAUUAUGAUACGCGGAGAGAAUACCUCAAAGAUACUUAAAAUGCGUUCCGUUAUUAUGCAAGCAUUCCGCUCGCAUUACUUUGAUAGAGACUACAAUGAAGUAACCCCACCCACAUUAGUGCAAACACAAGUAGAGGGCGGUGCAACAUUAUUUAAAUUACAAUAUUUUAGUGAGGAGGCAUAUCUUACUCAAAGUUCCCAACUGUACUUAGAAACGUGCUUACCAGCAUUGGGUGACGUAUUUUGCAUUGCACAAAGCUAUCGUGCGGAACAAAGUAGAACACGACGUCAUCUCGCUGAAUACACCCAUGUAGAAGCAGAAUGCCCAUUUAUUAGUUUUGAUGACUUACUGGAUCGUCUAGAAGAUUUAGUAUGCGAUGUGGUGGAUCGCGUACUUAAAUCUCCUUGGGGUUAUUUAGUACAUGAAUUGAAUCCAGAUUUUAAACCACCCAAGAAGCCGUUCCGUCGAAUGAACUAUGCAGAUGCUAUUAAAUGGCUUAAAGAAAAUAAUGUUACUAAAGAUGAUGGCACUUUCUAUGAAUUCGGAGAGGACAUUCCAGAAGCGCCGGAACGCAAGAUGACUGAUGCCAUUAAUGAGCCCAUAAUGUUAUGUCGUUUUCCAGUUAAUAUAAAAUCGUUUUAUAUGUCUAAGUGUCCAGAGGAUAAAAAUCUUACAGAAAGUGUAGAUGUCUUACUACCGAAUGUGGGCGAAAUAGUUGGUGGUUCUAUGAGGAUAUACGACAACGAUGAAUUACUGAAAGGUUAUGAACGUGAAAAUAUUGAUCCGACUCCUUACUAUUGGUAUACGGAUCAGCGUAUCUACGGCACACAACCACAUGGUGGUUAUGGUUUGGGCUUAGAGCGCUUACUGUGUUGGUUACUGAACCGUUACCACAUCAGAGAAGUUUGCUUAUACCCACGUUUCCUUGAUAGAUGCAAGCCAUAAAGUAAUUAACUGACAAAGCAAUUAUUUAUUAUAUCAAGGACUAGUUCAAGACUAAAAUAAUAUAUUAACUUUAUUUGUAUUUUAUGUGA